AUGGCUUUCCUGAAGUGCUCACUCAGUUUCCUGAUCCUCCUUGUGGUCUCCGACUGCUCCUGGGCUGAAGAGAAGGAGCUGUCUGUGUCCGAGCUGCUGUGGAAGGCCAACAAGGAUGUUGUGCGUAAGGAGCACGAGCCCUUGGUCAUCGACGACAUUGCUUAUGACAAUGAAAAUGAGAGAAACGCUGAUCCCUGCACCUCCUACGACUGCAUGUGGAGCAAAUCCGCUGAUGGAAGGGUCUACGUGCCCUACGUGAUCGCCAACCAUUACUCAUCUCGUGAGCUCUCCAUCAUCGAGCGCGGCCUGGAGUCCUUCGCCAGCAGCACUUGCAUCCGCUUCGUCCCACGUACCUCCCAGAGAGACUACCUGAGCAUCCAGUCCGACAGCGGCUGUUACUCCUACGUUGGUCGCCGUGGUUAUGCCCAGGCACUGUCUCUGGACCGUCAGGGCUGCAUCUACCACAACACCGUCCAGCACGAGCUGCUCCACGCCCUCGGCUUCAACCAUGAGCAGUGCCGCUCUGACAGGGACCAGUACAUCCGUGUCCUGUGGGAGAACAUCGAGCGUGGUUGGGAGUACGCCUUCGACAAGAUCAACACUCUGAACCAGGACACUCCCUACGACUACGACUCCGUCAUGCAGUACCACAAGUACGCCUUCUCUGGGAACAAUAGGCCCACUAUGCAGCCCAUCCCCGACGCUAAUGUUGAAUUCGGCACAGGCGCCGAGAUGAGCAAGAAUGACAUCGCCAGAGUGAACAAGCUGUACAAGUGUCAACAGUAA